CACGAAAAUUAAUUUCCGUAAAAAUUAAUCCUUUAGGGUACUCCUGUGGCUACUGACAGUUUACAGGGCGGCAAAAAAAUGGUUUACAAACGAUGUUAAGUGGCUCUAUACUGUUUUGGCCCUGGGAACAAAUUUGCCUGCUCCAAUCUGAAAAUCCCGGGAAAAAAUGCCCGACUUAUUUUUACGGGGUCUUCAGGACGUGAACAUAACAUAUUUUUGAUGGUAGCCUUAAGGUGUCGAAUAACCCUGGGAAGGAGGUUGGACGGCUUUAGUAAAAAUAAAUGUUCCAUUCUUCAUAAGCUUAUACAGAUCUGUUUCAAAAGCUACACAGAGCAGCAUUUUGGUGCAAGCAUCUUCUUACUGUGAUGAAGACAUGCCUGAUUCACCACUGACUUCUCCAAAUCCUCUUCAAUCUCUGACAACAAGUUGUGAUGAGACUUCAAUAAAUAUCUUCAGAAAUCAUACCGAGAAUGAGAAUAAAAAAGAAGAUGCACUGGCUGCAGAUGGAGACGAACAAAGUACUGAAAAUCUGUUUAUACUAUUGAUAGAAGAAAGUGGAAUGAAAAAGGAGAAUACAGUUUCCAAUGAAGAUAAAAUCAAUAAAGUAAGCAGUGCAGAAGAGGAAGGUGGGGAAAAGGUUUUUAUGAAUGAAAAAGCAAAAGAAUCCUACCUAAGGUACAAGACUUUACGACCGGACAUUUCCGAUGGAUUGGCAAAGAGUAAAUAUGACACAGUAAUCUCGAUGGACGAGUGUGUGUCUAAUGAAGUAGAAGUAAACCCACCUUCUGAACUGCAGAGAGCAAGAUUACCCACAAUACAAAGUAAUGAUGCGCUAGUCAAUCCAGUGAACUAUAAGACGUAUACAAAUAAAUCCAAUGACAAUUCUUCAAUUAUGAACAUUCAGACCAAUCCAGUGUUUGGAUUACAAGAUAGCAAUUCACCGGAGACUCAUAAUUCGCUUUUCAAAAACCCGAAUGUUGAGAGUUGUACAAAGAUAACAGCAAAUUUAUUGAUGGGUGAGUGUUCAUCUAAAGACAGUGAAAUUCCGCCAUCCGCAUCUCCACCAUCGGCACCUCCACCGUCGGCACCUUUAUCAGUUAGACGCCUGUCAAGUACAUUAAAUAUUUGCACUGAUUCAUUAUUCAAGGACUUAAAUUUAGAGAAUUAUACAAAUAUUACCAAUACAGACAGAUUUAUAGUCGACAGCAAUGUUUUAUUUUCACUCUUUCAAAAAUGUCGAACACCGGGUUGUGGAGCGAGCGCUAUUAUUGUGAAAAAAAAGACUCGAGGUGCUGUGUUGUGUGUCAAUGUGAAGUGUUCGAGUGGUCAUUUUUUCGAGUGGUCCAGCAGUGGCGAGUCAAGAGGAUUGUACUCGACGAAUUUGCUUCUUUCUGCAGCUACGGUGCUUUCUGGGAAUUGGCAUCAGAAAUUAGAACAAUUUUUGAAGUACAUGAAGGUAAAAUAUGUUACUGCUAGAUACACGCAACUCAUAGAGCGACGAUACUUGACACCAUCUAUUGAUGACUUCUAUAACAGAAUCAAGUCGGACGUUCUUAUUAAUCCAGAAAAAAGCAUGUUUAAAUUUUCAAGCAACGUAACUUGUGGCAAUAGAGACAAAGUAGCUGAAAUCGAUCGUUAUUUCCAGUUUGAUCCAAAAUCCUUGACACGUGCUAAGCGUGCACCUCGGAAUUCUCUUAAGGGAAAAAAGAAGAAAAAGAAAGCGAAAAAGAAGAAGGAUUACUGGUAUAUUCCGUACUUUCUUGCCAGAAUAUUGUAUCAGCGUGAAAUGGACACGUCGAGACUCGCUUCAAAGGAGCGACCGACAUUUGUUGAAGACAUGCGUUAGUGAAAACUUAGUUUUCAAAACAGAAGAAGUAAUAUCUGUGAAAUAUGUAAAUAUUGUAAGUUAUUUUCACACAACUUUAAGAAAAUUGAUAUUUGAAGUGUUAAAAAAUGUUUUG